UCGGAGUUUUAAAACCCCCCAAAUAUUUGCCUGGAAUUUCAGCAGACCAGAGCUGCAUUUGAACUUGGAAGGAUUCAUAAACUAAACCAACUCGCAAUGGCUGGACCUGGGAGAUUUUCACAGCCUUGGUGCAUGGAUUCAAGCAGUCUCGAGACAUGGUAUAACGAGAAUAUUCAACGUGGGACGGAGGAUUUCGACAGGGACUGCAAAAGAGCUAUCAAUGAAGUGGUCCUAUCGGUGCAGAGCAUUUGUAAAUCGGGCGGUCUACGUUUCAACGUUGAUAGAAUUGUUAAGGGUGGAUCCCUUGGUAAAGGAACCAUGGUUAAGGACCUUUCUGAUGUCGAUCUGAUCGCCUUCAUCAAUCCACCAGACUUGGACUCCAUCUUAACACUCGGACUGAGCGAAUACAAGCGCAAGCUGGCUGCCGUCAUCGAAAAUCUCUACACGGCGUUGAAGAGGCUGCCGUCCGUAUCUGCAGUAAGCAAGAACGAGUUCUUGGUUAUUUUCAACAUCAGAGUGGGCUCAAGGUGUAUGAGCAUCGAUUUUCUACCAACUUCAAGCAAGUGUGCUGGCCCCGGUCGAGCAUACUUUCCUCUUUCUUCACCUGCUCAUCAUUCAGAUAUGUUCCUUGCCAUGCUGUAUCUUAACGACAUCAAAGACAGGGUUUUCUACUCUGGUUCCCUUGCCGAACAUCAGGUCAACUUCGUCGGUAGCCAGCCUGGGUACGUGAAGGAGCUCGUACGUCUCGUGAAGUACUGGGCGAAUGACUACCUCCCCGAGAAACUCAAGAAAUCUUACCGGCUGGAGCUGAUCACCAUUCACCUUUGGGAGAAGGCUGGGAAACCCGUUAAAUUCAGCAAAGCCCAGGGGUUGAAGAACGUCCUUGAGGUCUUGACGAAGUUGACAGCACUGCGUGUUACUAGCUGGCCAGGAUCCAAUCAAAUCUACACCGAAAUGGCACAAAAAGCAAUUACACGCUUUGGAAUGCAAAAUCCUAUCGUGUUAGAUCCCAUCGAGCCGACAGACAAUGUGUGCCAGCUCUACCAGCAAGGGACCAACGGGAUAGAAAUUGCCUCAGCCGCAGAGCAGACCCUUCAGACUCCCCUCCUGAAGUACGUCACGGUCCAUCAAGGGUGGAAAAAGUAG